AUGAGCCCCGCCGCGCUGGACGCGGUGCGCUGUUACCAGCCGUGGUGCGCUGCCGGCGCGGCCACCGGCGGCGGCCUGUCCGACGGUGACCUCGUCGAGCUCCACGAGCGGACGGCGGAGGCCGCGAGGACGUCGGCGUACCCCGGCGGCGGCGGGGCGGUGCUGGCGCGCGUCCAGGACGCCUUCCCCCGUGAGUACCGCGCCGUCGUCGUGCGCCAUGCCGACCGUCGGCCCGACCUCACGACCUUCUGGUCUCGGUUGCCAGUGCCGCUCGCGCUGCCCCUGGCGCUGCCCGGCGGCGCGCGCCGCCCGCGGAGCGAGAAGAAGCCCACCCCGGAGGACCAGAAGGACCAGCGCUACCUCGAGCGGCGGCGCCGCAACAACCGCGCCGCCAAGAAGUCCCGGGACGCGCGGCGCGCCCGCGAGGACCAGGUGGCGCUGCGGGCGGCGCUGCUGGAGCACGAGAACGCGGUGCUGCGCGCGCAGGUGCUCACCCUGCGCGAGGAGACGCACCAGCUGCGGCAGCUGCUCGUCGGCAAGCCGCUGCAGCCGCUGCAGCCGCUGCACCACCUGCACGCCGCGCGCAGGGACGAGGCGCAGCUGGCCCCGCCCACCGAGCUGCUGCUGCGCCGGAUGAUGCCGGUCUGAGGACACCACCGAGUGCUUCGUCCUUGGUCCCUAAUUUGCCUGGGGACUCCGUUGAAUUUAAGUUUUUUCUUGGACUGAUUGUGGACAAUAUGGCGUUUGACCGGUGCGUUAAACGCGCCGUUUUGCGGGCGCUUAUUGAUCUUUGCCCGUGGUGGGGCCGGGCGGGGUCGCUGCGGGUGAGGCGGCGACAGGCUGGCUGCACCGCGCCUGCACCUGCUGCAGCUCGAUAGGCUCUCACGCCGAGCUGAGCGACACCUCGUUUACGUCACGUCUACACUCAUU